AUGGAGCCAAAAGAUUUAAUACUCAAUGUCAUUGGCAGUUUAUAUGAUAUUGUAAAAUGUUGUUAUGGAAUAAAUGGCCAGUACCAAAUGUUGGUUGGUGAAGAGGAUAAUGGAGAAGAUAAAAAUAAUGUAAUACUUUCAAAAAAAGCAUCAGAAAUUUUAAAAAGUUUGAAAAUUGAACAUGUUUUUUCAAAUACUGUAAAGAAAUCAGUGCAUAUGUUAGAAACUAUUUGCUAUGAUUGUACAAAUACAUUGGUAUUGUUGAUAUAUUCAUUAUUUAGGGAAUGUGUUGUUAUAAUGGAAAAAGGAAUCCAUCCAAUUUCAUUGGUUUAUUCGCUUCAAAACAGUUUUACAACUCAAAUCGAACCAAUAUUAAAAUCACUUAGAAUUCCUCUCAUUCCAUCACUCGAGAAUAUCGACACUAUAGAUAAUGACGAAAUUUUAAAGUUAAAAUUAAAUCAAAUAAAUCUGGAUUUACUCUACAAAACAAUUUAUUCAAUUAUAAAUACAAAAUUGGAUAACUCAACAGUAUUAAAUUAUAGUGGUGAUAAUAAUGAUAAUGAUGAUAGUAAUAAUAAUAAUGAUAAUAUAGUGGUUUCAAAUAUUGCAGGUUUAUGCUUGGAAACUAUAAAGUCACUAUAUAUAAAUAAUAAGGAUUUUACAAUUAAGGAUAUAAUGAAUCAUAGAAUUUCAUUCCAGGAUCAAGUUAUAAUUUAUCCAAGAUUAUUAAAAAAUAAUGAUUUAUUCGAUUUAAAUAUAAUUUCAAAAUUUUUAUCAAAUGGUUUUAUAUUGGAUAAUAAUAAUAGUAAUAAUAAUAAUAAUUUAAAUAAUUUCAAAAAUAAUUAUAGUGGUAGCACCAAUUUUAUAUUAUUUAUAAAUGAAGAUUUGAAAUUAAAAUCAAACAAUAGUGAUGCUCCUCAAAGUGGUUUGACAAAGAGCAGCGGCCAAGAUAAAAAAGAAAAAACAAAAUUAGUGUUUCAUUCAGCACAAGAAAGAACAGAGUUACUAGAGUAUGAAAAAACAAUUCUAAAGAAUAAGGUAUUCAAAAUUUGUAAAUAUAUAGAAAAAAUAGUAGAGUUGGAUAAUAGUAGUGCAGCCAUGAUAGUAUUAGUAUUUAAUUCAAUAGAUGAAUACUCAAAAUCAUUAUUCGAUACAAAUUCAACUAAUAGUAGUAAAUUUUUAAUUUUUGAUAAUAUAAAUCAACAACAUAUAAGAAUAAUAAACAAAUCAUUGGGUAUAAACUGUAUAAAUUCAGUAGAUUCAAUAUUUUCGAAAGAGGGUUUGGAAAAUAAAGAGUAUUUAUUAAAGAUUAAAAGAAAUUUUAUUGGUGGCUGUAGCAAGAUUCAAUAUAGGGUAUUUACAAACCAAUUUGAAUUUAGCAAGUUGGUCAAUCCAGUAUCACCGUUAAUCUCUGUUGAAAUUUUUGCACCAUCAAAUCAUAUUCUUCGUCAAAGGGUCGGUAGUUUUGUAACAGGUAUGGGUAUUGGUAAAUGUUGUUUAGAGGAUCUAUUUAUUCUACCAUCGGCUUCAUCACCAGAGUUUUCUAUUAUAGGGUCAUUAAAGAGACAAAUUGAAAGCAAAAAGUUAUCAUUUGUGGAUCAACAGACAUUUGAAGCUUUGGUAAAAUCAAUUGAAACUAUACCGAUCACAUUGUUAUCAAAUCAAAAUAAACCAGUCUUAAAAAUUUUAGAUUUAUUUUAUAAAACUUUAAACAAUAACAAUCAAGAGGCAGCAGCAGUUGGUAUAAAUUUAAUUUCAGUCGAUAGUGAUAGUGAUGGGGAUAAUAAACAAUAUUUCAUUAAUCCCUCUGACUUUGGAAUUUUCGAAACAUACAGAGGUAAAACUCAAGUAUUUAGAUUUGCAAUCGAUAUAGUUUGUCUAUUAUUAAAAAUUGACCAAAUUAUUCAACCACAACCACCAUUACAACAAAAGCAGCAGCAACCACCACCACAACAAAACCAACAGCAAACACAACAAAAAAAAGAAUAUACCGAAUUUAAAACACCAGAUAUAAUAACAGAUGCCAUUGAAAAGGAUAAAAUCGAAAAAACAAAAAAACAAAAUGAAAUUUUUUAUUCAAAAGAAGAGAUUGAAAAAAGAAAAAGAUUAGAUAGGAAAUUUAAUACCAAUCCAUUUAAUAAAUAA